AUGACUCAAAAUCUGGGAACUGAAGUGCUCCAGACAAAUGCAGACUGCAAAACCAUCUCAAAUGUUCAGAAGAUGAAGGGAAGAGAAUUGUUCGAGAGUAUAGGAAGUCCGACUAAGAUUGUUGCACCCAUGGUCGAUCAAUCCGAGUUAGCCUGGCGAAUUUUGUCGAGAAGACACGGAGCCACUCUCGCAUACACUCCUAUGUUUCACGCAAAGCUGUUUGCGACUUCGGAGAAAUACCGGAGAGAUAUGUGGUGUGACAUCGAUGGCGAUCCAGAGAUUGAUCGACCUUUGGUCGUGCAAUUCUGCGCGAAUGACCCCGCAUAUCUGUUAGCAGCUGCCAAACUAGUCGAGAAGAAGUGUGAUGCGGUUGAUUUAAACCUGGGUUGUCCCCAAGGUAUUGCCAGGAAGGGCCAUUACGGUUCGUUCUUGAUGGAAGAGUGGGAUCUUGUUCAUAAACUUAUCAGAGAGCUACACGAUAACCUUGAGGUUCCCGUUACUGCGAAGAUACGUAUCUUUCCGGAGCGUGAGAAGACCCUGGCGUACGCUAAGAUGAUCCUGGAUGCUGGAGCACAGUUUUUAACUGUACAUGGGAGGCUAAGAGAACAAAAGGGCCAAAAAACUGGGCUCGCUGAUUGGGAGAUGAUAAAGUUUCUAAGAGACAAUCUGCCGCCGGACACUGUCUUUUUUGGCAACGGUAAUAUUCUGUAUCCUGAAGACAUAGUCAGGGGCAUGGAGCACAUCAAAUGUGAUGCAGUGAUGAGUGCGGAGGGAAACUUAUACAAUCCAGGAAUCUUUAACGCUGAAACAUCGGAGGAGAAGGAUAAGGCGUUUCCUCGAGUGGAUAAAGUUGCCAGAGAGUAUUUCGAGAUUGUGAAGAAAUAUGAGGACUCCCAGGCCUCUCGUAUUGCAAUGAAAUCCCAUAUGUUUAAGAUUUUACGGCCGUUUCUGCCCCAUCACACCGAUGUAAGGGCAGCAUUGGCUUCACUAAAUGCAAAAACACCUUUUGAAGAGUGGGAAGAUAAGGUUAUCAAACCUGUAGAAACUAUUGUCGAGCAAAUAUUCGCUAAGGAAAAUGCUGUCGAGCUGGACAAAGUCGUCAAAGGACCUGUCGAGCUUUGGGGAGGCUCCUACGUCAAAGUACCGUACUGGAGAUGCCAGCCUUACUUCAGGCCUGUGAACGGCGUCACUGCUGAUAAGAGAGUGCUUGAAAGUUUGGAGGCAGGUGGUAAAGAGCUCGAAGACACGCAUAAGAAGAGGCGAACAGAUUAA